AUGAACGCGACGACAGAAGCCGCUGCGACCCAGCUGGGCCUGGUCGCCAGAGCGAGCAGCCACCCUUACGCGACGGCCUUGCUCGUCUUGAUUGCCAGCGCCCUGCUGCUCAAUGCCGUCUCCCGCAAGGCGUCCAAGCAGGUGAACCUGCCCGCAUGGGUUCCCAUCGAAAUCGCCCUGACCAGCGUCCUCGUCGCCUCCGGCGGCCUUGGCCUGCGGCUCUGCUCGAUGCUCCGCCGACGCACCGGCGCCCUCUUCGGCGUCACGUCAAAGCACUCCAUCCUGCUUGACAUCAAGGGCCAGGACCGCUUCUUCGCGGCGCCGUCGUCCUCGCUCAGCGGCCACAUGCGCGACUGGACCAUGACGACGCGCGUCUUUGGCAUGGACGCCACGGACGAGCUGUUCGACAAGGCCAACGCGUCUUCCAAGGGCCUGUACGUGGCUGUUGAGCGCCUGUUUGUCAACGACGCAGCUUCGACGGCGGCGAUACUCCGUGCCGAUGUGCCGGGCAAGAUCGCCAGGCUCGCGACGUUCAGUCCCGAUGCUAAGCUCCAGAAAUGGGAACUCUCGGCCCAGCGGCGCAUCAUCGACGACAAGGCCGUGGAGGUGAGCCUCGCCAAGCUGCUGCGCGAUUUUGGCGCGUGCAUCGCCAUUCCUCUGCUCUACGGCCAGGACUUUGUGGAUCGCUACGAGACUAUCCUGUCGGACCUGUGGUCCUUCGACAACGACGCCUUUCCACUCCUGAUCAUCGGGGUUCCCAAGUGGGCGCCCAUCAAGGGACUACGGGAAGGCGUCGCGGCCCGGUCCCGCAUGCACAAGGAAUUAGAGGGACUGUACCGCCGCAUCACUCAGUACCAGAAUGGAGAGCCCGUCGACUUUGAUGCCGACAUGUCUGAUGUAAGCGCCGUGGCCCUGGAGCGUAACAAGGUCUACAUCGAGCACGGCUACUCUGUCCACCACCGAGGCCAGUCAGACCUAGGAAUCUUUUGGGCCCAGAACGGCAACACGCAGCCGCUUCUGUUCUGGUUCAUCGGAUAUGUCUACUCCACACCCGGUCUCCUGGACAGCAUUCGCAAAGAGGUUGCGCCCUAUGUACAGCUGGCCGCCGCGAAUCCGGGCGACGAGCCCGAGAUCACCUCCUACGACCCCGCGGGACUGUCCCGAGACUGCCCUCUGCUCAAAUCGGCGCUCUUCGAGACCUUCCGCCUCACUAGCGAGCCGACUUCGAUACGCUACCUGAACCGUCCCCUGACGCUCCACGCUGGAGGGCACACGCACGACCUCAAGGCUGGCACAUGGCUUUCUGCUCCACACGCUGUGGCCCAGUACGACCCGGAGCUCUACCCCGAUCCUACCAAGUUCGACCCGGCCCGCUUCAUCGAGGAGGACGAGUCUGGUCGGAGGAUCGCCCGGUACGGAAAGUUGAAGCCCUGGGGUCUGGGGACGGGGAUCUGCAAGGGACGUACCUUUGCCGAGAAGGAGAUCCUCGCCAUCGGCGCUGCCAUUGUCACGCUGUGGGACAUGGAGCCCGCGGACGGCGCGGCAUGGAAGAUGCCCGGCACGAUUCCAGGAACCGGCGUCAAGAAGCCCACCGAGGACAUGAGAGUCAUUUUGAGGAAGCGUUCGUGGGCUGCGUGA